GUGGGGCACGAACGAAUGUAUGCCUUAACGUCGGCGAGUAAGGAAGGCCAGCAGAAGUAGCGGGAAAUGGUGUCGAAGUUUUUCUGGAAACCGAGAUGUCCGUGGUGCUCGGCCAAGAGCUGAGUACGGAGGCCUCGUGCGUCGGGGAUGCAAAGUCGGCGAGUGCCUUUGGUAUCGAUGUAGAGGAGAUUGUUGUGGMGGGAGUAGUCCGGAACUGGGUCAAGAUCGYGGAGUUUGUUGUAAAUGCGGGCUUGGCGCGGAGUGAUAUCUUUCUUGGAGAGGAUGGAGGAGACGAUGGUGUUGUCAGUGCGGAUGGUGAAGUAUUGCCCGUCGAGGUACGCGCGCCAGACUGUGAGGGCGUGAAUCACGGCGAGGAGUUCCUUCUCGUUGGAGGGGUAAUUCAUCUCCGCGGGAAGGAGCUUCUUGCUUGCGAAGGCGAUGGGGUAUUCGCCAGGUGGAGCCUCGGGGUGAGUGGGCGAGUCCUUGAUGGAGGCGGUCUCGACGGCGUCGCGGGGGAAAUGUUGGGACAGUACGGCUCCGAUGGCGAAGUCGGAGGCGUCAAUGGUGACAUAGAAAUGGCGAGUGGGGUCGGCGAUCUUGAGGACAGGGGCUGUGGUGAUGGUUUGCUUGACGGAGACAAUAUGGCCAAGGUAUUCGACGCUCGAAGCGGCACACGUACAUUUGCUGAGCUUGGCGUAGAGUUUUUGCUCGCGGAGGAUCGAGAGAACUUGGCGGAGGUGCUGAAGGUGGGACUCGAAGGUGGGGCUGAAGACAAGGAUGUCAUCAAGGUAGACGACGACACAGACUUCGAGGAGGUUGCGGAAGAUGUGGUUCAUGGUAGAUUGGAAGGUAGCGGGGGCAUUUGUGAGUCCGAAGGGCAUCACGAGAAACUUGUAGUGCCCGAACCGAGAGCGAAGUGCAAACAGCCCAACAUGACCUAUGAUACUUUUGAGUAGGGAUAAUGUGGCCUUUGAGGCACAAUCAAUGUCAUCUUUCACC